UUCAAAACCCUCAAAGCUUUCCUUAUUUACCUUUUUCUCCAUUUUUUUGCCAUUUUUGUCCAUCUCCUUCAAUUUCUGUUUUUUUUCUCUCACCCCAUUUCCCAUUUUCUAAAAAAUCAAAACGAUUACAUUUUGGCUGUGAAUAAAUAUACUACACAAUAACACAACUUUUUUUGUUUUGGGAACCCAGAAUCUCCCCCUUAGGUUAACACCUUGACCAGAAAUCCUGCAUCAACCAGAAGGAUAUGUACAUAUAGGUCAACAUAUUGUAUAAAUGCUAUCAAUGCUGGAUUUCAGGUCUGGGUUUUGAUUCUUUAUUCUUCUUGUGAGAGGGCCUUUGUCAGGUUUCGUUCUUUCUUAGCAAUUUUACCAUUCUUGUUUUGAAAUACAUUUUUCAAUUCCACCCUCAGGAGAACUUCACAUUAAUGACAUUUUCCUGUUCUUGAUUGUAACAACAGAUUUUGAAUUCUGCCUGCCCACUUUGAGCCUCUUUUUCUCCUUUUCCCCUCAAUAUUUGUUUCUUCACGUUACCCGUGUGUUGUUUUGAAGAACUGGGUAUUUUCGCUAGGCGAGGCAAAUUUCUGGAUGUUUGAGGGGAAAUUGAUUGGAGUUAUAGGCUCUAUGCUCUUUGUUUUGAGAAAUUUCUGAUUUAUGUUACGUUCAAAAGCUAAGCCAUUGAAUUACAAGAGGAUUCCGAGUCGUGGCUUGAUUCCUAUCAUCAAAUUGGCGCUGGGGAUGAAUGUGGUCUUAUUGAGAAAUGGGAUGAAUUGGAGAGUAUCAAGGUUUUACAUAUCGAAAAUUGAAAGGCGCCUUAAGAAUUGGAAAAAGGAAUUGCACAAGGGUACUUGUAGUGCAAAUUUGGAGGGCUUACCUAUUUGAUAAAAACAGGUAGCAAUUCCUAAAGAUGGGCUGCAUUUGCUCUAAAGGAUCCAAUGCAGAUGAUUAUGUUGUCGAUAAUGAGACUGAGAAAGAGCUAAAUAAAUCUUCAGAACCAUCAUUUGCUCCCUCAAAGAGAGAGGAGAUUGUAGUUUACGAUGAGUCUGUUCACACGAUAUCUAAGCCCGUGGUACAAGCCAGUAUGAGCUCUGUAAGGAGCUCUGUAAGGAGUAAACAAGAUGACGAAGAGAAGAAAACGAGAAUUGUUGAAAGGCCAAUAAGCGGCCACCAUCAAAGGCGAGCUACAUUGGAUGUUGUAGUCAUGGAAGGACAAGCGGCGAUGUCACGGAUAAUCAGCAUGCCACGUGGGACAGAAGGAGAACAAAUUGCUGCAGGGUGGCCAUCUUGGCUAACUUCAGUUGCCGGAGAGGCCAUCCAGGGAUGGGUUCCUCGAAGCGCAGAUUCAUUCGAGAAGUUAAACAAAAUCGGACAAGGAACUUAUAGCAGUGUAUAUAAGGCCCGGGACCUAAAAACUGGCAAAGUUGUUGCAAUGAAGAAAGUGCGAUUUGUAAAUAUGGAUCCAGAGAGUGUUCGUUUUAUGGCUAGGGAAAUCCACGUCUUGCGGAAACUGGACCACCCAAAUGUAAUGAAGCUUGAGGGUCUAGUCACUUCGAGGGUGUCAGGAAGCUUGUACCUUGUAUUUGAAUACAUGGAACACGAUCUUGCCGGUCUUGCAGCAUCUCCUAAGAUAAAGUUCACUGAACCACAGAUUAAAUGCUACAUGCAACAGCUUCUUUGUGGACUUGAACACUGCCAUAGUCGUGGGGUUUUGCAUCGAGACAUCAAGGGUUCAAAUCUUCUAAUUGACAACAAUGGGGUUCUCAAGAUAGGAGACUUUGGUCUGGCAAACUUUUUUCAGCAUGAUCAAAAGCAGCCAUUAACAAGUCGUGUAGUAACUCUAUGGUAUAGAGCUCCAGAACUUUUGCUUGGUGCAACUGAGUAUGGAGUUGGCAUCGAUCUCUGGAGUGCUGGUUGCAUCCUUGCGGAGUUGUUCGCAGGGAAGCCAAUCAUGCCCGGAAGAACAGAGGUUGAGCAAAUGCAUAAGAUUUUCAAGUUUUGUGGUUCACCGUCUGAGGAAUACUGGAGGAAAUCAAAGUUACCACAUGCUACUAGUUUUAAGCCUCAGCAUCCUUACAGGCGCUGUGUUGCCGAGACAUUCAAGGAUUUCCCUUCUUCAGCUUUGGCUCUUAUUGAUGUCCUCCUCACAAUUGAACCUGAGCAGCGGGGCACUGCUGCUUCUGCACUUGGUAGUGAGUUCUUCACGACAAAGCCAUUCCCUUGUGAUCCAGCAAGUUUACCAAAGUAUCCUCCAAGCAAGGAGUUUGAUGUCAAGGUUCGAGAGGAGGAAGCAAGAAGGAGAAAAGCUGAGACUGUACAAGGACGCGGACAUGAAUCCGUAAGACGAGGUUCAAGAGAAUGCAAAGAGGUGCCUACGCCUGAAUUUGAUACACAGGGACUGGUCACUUUACAGGGAGAGCCAAAUCCUAAAAGUAUCAGUGUGAAAUAUCAUCCCCACGAGGAUGGUGGGUCUGGUUUCCCAAUUGACCCGCCCGGAGGACUUGGAAAGAAUGGAUUCUCCCAUUCUGCCUCUAUGGUUCAUCCCAGUGCAGUAGGAUAUACAUGGACAAAAAAGGUAGCGGAUCGGCAUCAUUGUCCAGAGGGAAGAAUUGGCUCCUCGGGACGCAGGACAGAUCUGAGAAGACAGACAUCUUACAUGCCUCAGGAGGGAGCAGGCUUGUACACCAAUUGUUCUAAGAAGGAUGAAGGGAUGUCUGGGAAGGAUAGGGUUUAUGUACCAAAUAAAAGCAGGAUCCACUGUUCUGGACCAUUGAUGCCCCCAGGUGGGAACAUGGAAGACAUGCUCAAGGAGCACGAAAGACAAAUUCAAGAGGCAGUUCGGAAAGCACGCCUUGACAAGGCAAGGACCAAGAGGAACUGCUACGAUCAUCAAAAUAACAAUACACAGCACCAAAAUGGAAACGCUCGGUAUCCCUAGUCCUUAGAUUCUGCCAUCCUUUUAGGAAAGAAUCUCAUCAAAUUCAGCCAUAUCAGUCUCCGAGCUAACUUGCUUUUUUAACCGGGAAUUGGAAGUAGUCUUUGCUGGGAGUUGUAAUCAGUCUUUGCCGGGAGUUGGAAGCAGUUGAUAUGGUUGAAUCCAAGAGCGAGGUGGUCAUAUCUGCACUUCUGUACUAGGGGUAUUACAUUCCAUUUUUGUCCCUGACGACUCCUUCGAUUUGCUGUAAGUUGUUUGGGGCAGGAAAUCUGCAUUGUAUGUACAGCUGAAGGUUCCUGUUUCUUAGUCAUUGCAUAUACGCAUAUCCAGUUCUUCCUUGUGACGGUUCCACGGGAACAGAUUCAGUGUUUGUUUGGUGUCAUUACAUUUAUAGAGGGCAUGUUAUUGCGUAAACAGCUUGGGAAAUGGAAUCUCGAAUGUAUCUGAUACUUCAUUGAACAAUGCUUAGAAUACAACCCAAAAUCGAGCAAAAGAGGCUCCUGGAGAGAAAUUAUGUUG